UACUGUGCACACAGAAUGAAUAUUUUUUUCAAUUUGAGAGGGACAGUUGUGAGGCAAAUAGCAGAGGACAGAGCUGUUGCAGAGGCAGUCAUGAGCCCUCCACGCCGAUCAUCGAGUUCCCAUGGUGACAGGCCGUCCACUGAGACCCUGCAGAAGAACAACAGUAGCAACUCUGGCGUCAUUCUGGACAUCUCGGCUCUCAAGAUGGCAGAUGUGGAUUCAGAGGUGCCUCCUCUUCCACCUCGCUACCGCUUCAGGGACUUGCUGCUGGGGGACCAGACGUUUCAGAAUGAUGACAGGUAUCAGGAGGAGUACAGUAUGGACUCAACCAAUGCCCAGGUGCAGGUGGAGUUUUAUGUGAAUGAAAACACCUUUAAGGAGAGGCUGAAGCUUUUCUUCAUCAAAAACCAAAGGUCAAGCCUGAGAAUCCGCCUGUUCAACUUCUCACUGAAGAUUCUCACCUGUGCCCUCUACAUAUUAAGAGUCAGCCUGGAUGAUCCCAAGGAUGGCAACCCGUGCAAUGCAAUAUGUCGGAACAACAAUUGGACAAAUACAUCAGAGUCACCAGAAAUCAAGUGGGGGUUGAUUUUCUGGGUGAACAGACGGGUUUCUGUUUGGGCGAUACAGGUGACGGUGGCCUUAAUCAGUUUCUUGGAGACCAUGCUUAUCACAUAUCUCAGCUACAAGGGGAACAUUUGGGAGCAGAUCUUCCAGAUAUCCUUCAUAUUGGAGAUGAUCAAUACAGUGCCAUUUAUAAUCACAAUCUUCUGGCCUCCACUGAGAAACAUAUUCGUCCCUGUAUUUCUUAACUGUUGGCUGGCCAAAGGUGCCCUGGAAAACAUGAUUAAUGAUUUCCAUCGUGCCAUCCAGAGGACCCACUCUGCCAUGUUCAACCAAGUGUUCAUUCUCAUCUGUACCUUACUGUGUCUGGUUUUCACUGGAGCUUGUGGGAUCCAGCACCUAGAGAGAGCAGGGAAGCACCUGUCCUUGUUUGACUCAUUCUAUUUCUGCAUCGUCACCUUCUCCACUGUGGGCUAUGGGGACGUCACGCCACAGAUCUGGCCCUCCCAGCUGCUGGUGGUCAUUCUCAUCUGUGUUGCCCUGGUGGUCCUCCCACUGCAGUUUGAAGAACUAGCAUACCUGUGGAUGGAGAGCCAGAAGUUAGGGGGGAACUACAGUCGCCACCGGGCGCAGACAGAGAAGCAUGUGGUGCUGUGUGUCAGCUCACUGAAGAUUGACCUGCUGAUGGAUUUCCUCAAUGAGUUCUAUGCUCACCCCAGACUACAGGACUAUUACGUGGUGAUUCUGUGUCCAACUGAGAUAGACAUCCAGGUUCGCCGUAUCCUCCAGAUCCCUCUGUGGUCUCAGAGGGUCAUCUACCUGCAAGGAUCUGCCCUCAAAGACCAGGACCUGAUGAGGGCCAAGAUGGAUGAUGCUGAGGCCUGCUUCAUCCUGAGCAGCAGGAACGAAGUUGAUCGAACUGCUGCUGAUCACCAGACUAUUUUGAGGGCCUGGGCCGCGAAGGACUUUGCUCCAAACUGUCCUCUCUACGUCCAAAUUCUCAAACCGGAAAAUAAAUUUCAUGUUAAGUUUGCUGAUCAUGUAGUAUGUGAAGAGGAAUUCAAGUAUGCCAUGUUGGCGCUCAACUGUGUGUGUCCGGCCACGUCCACCUUAGUCACUCUCUUGGUUCACACUUCCAGAGGACAGGAGGGGCAGCUGUCACCAGAACAGUGGCAGAAGAUGUACGGACGCUGCUCGGGAAACGAGGUCUACCAUAUCCGCUUGUGUGACAGCAAGUUUUUUGGGGAGUACGAUGGAAAAAGCUUCACCUAUGCUUCCUUCCAUGCUCAUAAGAAGUAUGGUGUGUGUUUGAUCGGGGUGAAGAGGGAGGACAACAAGAGCAUCCUCCUGAACCCUGGCCCCCGCCACAUCAUGGCCGCCACUGACACCUGCUACUAUAUCAACAUCACCAAGGAGGAGAACUCGGCCUUCAUCUUCAAACAGGAGGAGAAGCACAGCAAAGGUCUGCCCGUCACUGGCCUCUACGACGCCCCCUCCAGGCUGCCUGUGCACAGCAUCAUCGCUAGCAUGGGCACUGUAGCCAUAGAUCUCCAGAACCCUGAUCCCCCAGAAGAAAGCGGCAAACUGACCUUGCCGACGGAGAACGGAGCGGGAAGCCGCAGACCAAGCAUCGCACCUGUUUUAGAGAUCGCCGACUCCUCCGCCAUUCUUCCCUGUGACCUCCUCAGCGACCAAUCAGAGGAUGAGACCAACCAAUCAGAUGAGGAGGGCUCUGUAGGGUCAGAUUUUGUGAAGGGCUACCCUCCCAACUCGCCCUACAUCGGCAGCUCUCCAACUCUGUGCCACCUCCUGCCACAGAAAGCUCCAUUCUGCUGCCUUCGCCUCGACAAGGGCUGCACACAUAACAGCUUUGAGGAUGCCAAGGCGUACGGUUUCAAGAAUAAGCUGAUUAUAGUGUCUGCAGAGACAGCAGGAAACGGUCUCUACAACUUCAUCGUACCUCUGCGCGCUUACUAUCGGCCCAGGAAGGAGCUCAACCCCAUAGUGCUGCUGCUGGACUACCCGCCAGACAACCACUUCUUAGAGGCCAUUUGCUGCUUUCCAAUGGUUUACUUCAUGGCUGGUACUAUCGAUAACCUGGACAACCUGCUGCAAUGUGGCAUAAUCUACGCCGACAACUUGGUGGUUGUGGACAAAGAGAGCACCAUGAGCGCAGAGGAGGACUACAUGGCAGAUGCCAAGACCAUUGUCAAUGUCCAGACUAUGUUCAGGUUGUUCCCCAGCCUCAGCAUCAUCACUGAGCUCACACACCCAUCCAACAUGAGGUUCAUGCAGUUCCGAGCAAAGGACUGCUACUCACUCGCUCUCUCCAAACUGGAGAAGAUAGAGCGUGAUAAGGGCUCCAACCUGGCCUUCAUGUUCCGGCUGCCGUUCGCUGCAGGCAGGGUGUUCAGUAUCAGCAUGUUGGAUACGCUGCUUUACCAGUCAUUUGUUAAGGACUACAUGAUUGCCAUUGCGAGGCUUCUUCUUGGCCUGGACACCACGCCUGGUUCUGGGUACCUGUGUGUUAUGAAGAUCACCGAGGAGGAUCUGUGGAUCAGGACUUACGGCAGACUCUUUCAGAAACUUUGUUCCUCCAGCGCUGAGAUCCCCAUAGGGAUCUACCGCACCGAGUCGCACAUGUUCUCAACUUCAGAGUCUCAGGUGUCCAUCAACGUGGAGCAGGGUGAGGAGCAUCGGGAGCGUGGAGAGUCCUGGAAGGAGAAGACGGCCCACAGGAACUCUACCACAAGCGACCAAUCGGAACACCCGCUGCUGAGGAAGAAGAGCAUGCAGUGGGCACGGCGACUCAGCAGGAAGAACGUCAAACCGUCAAGUCGAGCAGAGCGCAUCUCGCAGCAGAGACUCAACCUGUACCGACGCUCCGAGCGUCAGGAGCUGUCCGAGCUGGUCAAGAAUCGCAUGAAGCACCUGGGCCUGCCCACCGUGGGAUACGAGGAUGUUUCUAAUCUCACUGCGAGCGAUGUCAUGAAUCGAGUAAAUCUAGGAUAUUUGCAAGAUGAGAUGAACGACCACCAAAACACGCUGUCCUACGUCCUCAUCAAUCCUCCCCCUGACACCAUGUUGGAGCUCAACGACAUUGUAUACAUUAUUCGGUCUGACCCGCUGGCACACAUGCCAGAGGACUCACAGGUGGGGCAGGCACGCAGCACCAGAAAUCAGCAGGACUUUGGCACAGAAACAAGGGACGAGACUCACCUCUGAAACCUCCUCAGUCCUCGACACCCUGACCCUUAACCUGUAAGCCCUACCCGGGCCACCAGAGCUUGUUUGUCUCACACAGAUGAAGGCUUGUCUCCGGCCAAGCACAGCUGUCCAUAGUGAAUGUGCAUUAUGUGUCUCAGCCUCAGACCAGGAACAUGAAACAAUCAACAUUUUAAAAGAUGGCCCUGAGAGACCUGCUGUUUCCCACUGAGCUGCUACAGGAGGAUGCAUGAAGAGUGCCUCAUCAUCGACCCCGACAACCCCCACACGCCUACUGUACUAACACACGCCGCCCUCGCUAAACAACCUGAAACUGAGAAGCAGCCACUGGAAAAGACUUCCUCCUCCCAACCAAAGGUUUGAGAGAUUUGUUUGCUGUCAUGAGACGUCUCUGGACAGUCAAAGGAAUUUUUUCAUGCACAUACAGGAUAUCAACUCCUCAUUUCACUCAACCACGUUCUGCUCAGGGGUGAAGUUGCCCUUGUGCCGACUUCCUCUACACCUGUUUCUACCUAAACUCACAAAAGAACCGAAUCUCGGGGGCAACUACACCCUCCUCCUCCACACUCUCAUGUUUUCUAAAGACAAGGGAUAAAUGCUUUGAAAUUCUAGCUAUUCAAGCAUUUACCAUGAAAUUUCAGUACAUGUGCACUUUCCUUAAUUUAUUACAAAUGUUUUGUUUUUGUUUUUUUUUGACUGUUUGUAUUCUCUUUAUCAGACAGGAUUUUUUUUCUUUAUGAGCACAAACUUUUUUACAACUGUCAUCUGUGAAUAUACACACUGUAGUGGCACUUUUUAUCAGCCAUAUUAACAUUUCUUUCUCUGUUCUUGUAUUUUUGGAAACUAAUUUUUGUUGUAGUUAUUGUUGAAAAGUGAAAAUUGUUUAAUUUAUUUCAUUAUUUUAAGAGUCCCAGAUUAUGUCUGCUCUACUGUAUGUGCCAUUUUGUUUAUUCUAUUUCUUUGUAAAUAUAUUUAAAUGAAUUGUACAUUAUGUGCCCUUCUGCAUCUAUUUUGUGAUGUCAGUGUUAUUGUUUUUUUUUAUUCUAGAGCCUGACCAAUUCAUAAAACAGCCAUCUGCAGUGUAGAAAUGCCAAAAAUAGUACUGUUAAAUGAGAUAAAUUCAAUACAAAUUUUGAAUUAAUCAUUUGUAUCAGCUUAUUGAGAAAACAGAAAUCAGAGAUGAAUUUAAGCUUAUUCAUAAAGUGCACACUACUUCAUUUACUGAGUAUCAUAAUUCAGUAUAGUUUAUUGUAGCUCUGAUUUUCCAAGUGUUAUAAGCUGCUUUUUUAAAACAUACUUUAGUCUUCUUAUUUAAACUUAAGAAUAUACUUGUUUACUUUCUCUGUUGUUUACAGUUAUUUUUAGGUGUUAAUUUUUGUCAAUUUUUAACAGUAAAAUGUUUCACUCAAUACAUAACAUGGUUACAACUCUUAAUAGCUUAAUUUAAAGGAAUAGUUUGACAUUUUGUGAAACAUGCUUAUUUGCUUUCUUUGAGUAAGGCCCAGUCCACAUGUACACAGGAAUUUAUCAGAACUCCUUCGUUAUACAAAAAAAAAUCUGUCAGGAGCAUGCCAAACCAACAGGGGGCAACAUAACCCUAACCAUAAAUGUAUUCAUGAGCUUAAGAGGUACUGGUAGAGGGAUAUUUCAGCAAGGUCAGGCUAGCUGUUUCCUUAUGCUACUGGUGUUUAUGCUAAGCUAAAAGUUUCCUGGCUGUAGGGUCUUAUUAUGUUUACAGACAUGAGAGUGGUAUCAAUCUUCUCAGCUAACUCUCAACAUGAAACACUGAAAACAAAACGACGAAAAAACGAUUAACAGAUACAUCACUAUCAGUAUCUCCCUCAAAAUCCAGUCAGGCUUUAGUGUUUUUUAUUCUUUUGACUUGAAUCCAUUUGAAGUUGAUAGUAAACAUUCAUUUUUUCUGAUUCUCCAGUUUCAUGACUCUUAAGGAGUUGCAGAAGGACUGGUAGCAGACAGUUUUGCACAGAUACUGACAGGCACAGUUAAGUCUAUUUCUAUCUUGUAAUCUAUUUCCAAAUGUAUUGGAACAUAUUUGAGCUGAAAAUGAAGUGCUCUCCUUUCCAAAUUGUACAGGCCACACAUUGUGUAUAAGACUGCAGUAUUUAAUCUUUUCAUUUUAUCAUUACUUGGCUGUGUGUUUCGUUCAAUCACUGUAAAUACUUUAACUUUAUAUAUUCAUUGUUUGUCAUUGUUUGUUGUUUUGUUUCAGUCUCUUCUGUGUGAUAAAAAGUGAAAGAGGACUUGAACUAUUUUUGCACUAAGCUCUGCGGGGAUGUCUAGAGCAUAACAGCAUGACCCUUUAAUCUGAAUCUGUAUAACACGGCAGGCACUACUCAACCAUUCUCGCGAAGCAAAGACAAAUGCGCAGUAACAUGUCAUGCAUUUUGCUGGUUUGAUUUCCCUUACAGAUGUUUGCAAAGCUUACUUUGUCAUGUGCCAUUUUUUUAAUAUGUCAAGGAAAUAUCGAGUGAUAGUUAAGAUGAAAUAAUCAAAGAUGUAUUGUUUUCUCUUUGAAAUCUGCCAAUUUUGUUUUUGUUUUUUGAAGGAAUCAGCAUAAGCUUCUUUUCAUGUUUUACAAUCUAUGUAUUUUGCAAAGAGUCCAACUGAAAUGUGCUCAGUGUGCUCAGUGGCCCCUCAGAAGAGUCAGUUUACAGGGCAGGAGAGCUGAGGAGUGAAAAGCGUGAGCGACCGCGAUGGAGGAUACAAUCUGUGCGCAGGCCCAUUCAUUUAACGUCUUCCUGGGUCGUCACCUCUGAAAAAUCUCAACACUCCACAGAGAAAUCACUACCUACAAUACCACAAGGGGCAUGUAAACACUAAAAAGCAUGUUUUCAUAUACAAGCUUGCCAAGAAUGAUACAUUUUGUACAUUUAGCAGGACAUCUAGCGUGAUGUCCCUUUGCUAGAGAAACCCAUAAUCAAGUCAACUGCUUGCAAGUUGGAGCCAUUAUUUGAUACUGUGUAUUUAUAUGAAUGGAACAUGCAUGUCGUCUUGGUGUUAUCAGAAGCCUCCGUAUCAUGUUUACCUCCACUUUAUGUUUUUAAAGUCAUUGUCAAAAAGGGGUUGAUCCAUUUUGUACUAUUUCUUAUGAGAAGCGAGUGUACUUCUCCACAUAUGAAAUAUGAACAAAUAAAUGCUGCAUGCAGCCAGA